AUGAAUCCAGAUACAAAAGGAAGUGGUGUUACGGCCUGUAACAACAAGUGUGGCUGCCCUUCACCGUGCCCUGGUGGCUCCGCUUGCAGGUGUAACAAAUCGAGAAGCGAGACAACAAGUAGUGGUAGUGGAGGUGGAGAUGAGCAUACAAAGUGCUCAUGUGGAGAGCACUGCAGCUGCCACCCAUGCACCUGCAGUAGCGCCACUGCUGGGCUUGCCAAGGCUCCUUGCACUUGUGGUCCUGGUUGCACUUGCCUCACUUGUGCCUCUUGAAUCAUGAUACAACACCAACACUAGCUAUAAAUAUAGUUACAUGCUAGUACUCUACCACUCUAUGUAUGUGAAAUAAAUUAGAAUGAAUACUAGUACGUUUAGUAAUUAAAAAUGGCCAACUAUAGUUGCUGGUGGUCAUUAGUCGUACUAAGUUUGGUUGCUAUAUAAGCAAGUAACUUAAAAAAAAAAUGAAUAGAAUCUUUUUUUUUUUAAAAAUAAAUUAUUUAUUGUAUAUGUUG